GCCUUAUCUGGCCAGUCUCAUUUCAUGUUUUUUCAUUUCUGAAAACGAUGUUGGGCUGUGUAGUGUUGGCGUGUUUGGCAACGCUGUGUGUCGGGACAGACGUCAUUUUGAAGACAAGGCAGGGACAGCUACGAGGGACGAGGACUGAGUACUUCAGUGACGAAUAUGUAGACGUGUACAAUGGAAUACCGUACGCCCUUCCACCUGUAGGUGCCAGGAGGUUCAGGCCCCCCUCCCCAGCCGUGGCGUGGUCAGGUGUAAGGGACGCCCGAUCUCCUCGACACAUCUGCCCCCAAGUGCACGGCAAGCCUCACUCCACCCAGGACGAGGACUGUCUGUUCCUUAAUGUUUUCACCUGGAAGUCCAAGGCCAACACAACUCCACCGCUUCCAGUGAUGGUGUUUAUCCACGGGGGAGCGUUCAAUGAAGGGGGUGGAUCUCUAUUCCGAUGCAAUGCAUUGGCACUUCAUUCCGUGGUCGUUGUCACUAUCAACUACAGACUGGGUGCAUUAGAUCAUGAUGCCACAUCUCCCGGUAAUUAUGGGAUGCUGGACCAAGUGAUGGCGUUGAAGUGGGUGAGAGACAAUGUCGCAGAUUUUGGCGGGGAUCCUAAGCAGGUGACGGUGUUCGGAGAAAGCGCGGGAGCUGUGAGCACGUCGUUGCAUCUCAUAUCCCCUCUCUCCAAAGGAUUACUGGACGCUGCCAUCACUGAGAGCGGAGUGUCCUUGUCCGAGUGGGGAUUUAGGACCAGGCAGGACAGCCCAUCUCCCCUAGACCAAGCACGGGCCUUGGGGAAAAGGGUUGGGUGCUCAGAAACAAACACGACCCUUUUGGUUGAGUGUCUCCGCAAAGUUGACGCUAAAAGGCUGACAGUCAAUGAUUUAACGAAAGCUGAGAAUCGCCUCGUGUGGUCCCCUGUGGUGGAGACGGUGUACGGGUUUCUUCCAGACACACCCCAGACGCUCAUCGACAGGGGGGACGCAGCUAACGUACCCGUUCUGAGAGGGGUGAACAAGGACGAACUUGCCGCAAAGAUUGCCUGGUUCCAUGGAAUAUCUACCGGCAUGUCGCUGAAUUCCGCAACUGCGUUUAUACGACAGAAUAUACAGCGUGCCUUCACGUCCAACCAGCAAGCCCUGCAAGCAGCAAUCGAGAAGGUGUAUCUCAGUGACGUCCAACCGUCGGAACACGAUGUAAUACGUUCACGCAUCAUCCAGAUGCUGUCUGACCGAGCCUUCUAUGUGCCGACGCUGGUGGAGACGGAGAAACAGGCAGGGCGAGGCGGGAGCCCAGUCUACUUGUACGAGUUUGACUACCGCUCUCCUCGAGACAACAAGCCAGUUUGGGAAGGUGUCCCUCACGCGGCUGAGCUAUCCUACGUGUUCGGAGCCCCGCUUCUAGGGGGAAAUUCCUGGACCGAGAAUGAUAAGGCUAUUACCAGUAGGGUGAUGGGCUACUGGACGAACUUUGCAAAGCACGGGGACCCAUCUUAUGGUCACGUGACGUGGAAACCUUUCACCACGAAGGAGAAGGGGUACCUGUCUAUCGGUAACUCUUCAGUCAUGAAGUAUGACCCGAGGUCACAGGAAGUGAAACUGUGGACGGAAGUUAUCCCCAAUCUGUCGCAAUCCCAGACAGUCAUCAUUGGAUGAAGGGAUAUGCUGAUGUAGAAGUAUCAACGAAUAAACGUCAAAGAUGCU